UAUUGCUGAACAGCCCAUCGAUCUUUGAGAAGAUUUUCUCUGAUGAGUUUAUUCUUGACAUCAUAGGCGCCCUUGAAUUUACCAAAAGUAUGAGAUAAGGCUAAAGGAAGUAUAUUGCAAGACCUGCAAAAACUCCAUGGACAGUUUUAGUGAAUAACAUAUACGAGAUAGAGAUGUCACACGAAAGAGGGAAUCUUUAUGAUAAAGGAAAAAGAGUUGUUGAAUAUGAGAGGACACCGAGGCUACAACCCACCAUUACCCACCGACCACUUUCUGGUUUUUCCAUUCGUGACCAAACGGACACUACUAACAACAGUGUUUCGUCUUCCGACGAUGAUGAGAAUCUGCCAACUCAACUCCGUAUGAUGGUUCCCAUAGCCGGCAAUCUCACGGCCUUUCGGCCAGUGCAGCAUGUCGAAACCCCAAGUGGUAUCUCCCUUGACCACAAACGUAUUUUCCGUUAGCAUUUAUACAAUUCAUAACCAAAGUGGUCCAUAAAAUGGUUCUUCAGGAGAUCAUUCUCGUGAAGCCACCUACUAUGAUCAUCGUGCAUCACUUGGAGGAACACCUAGCAGCGCUGAGCAUGAUAUUGUUUCAUAUAUAGCGUCGAGGCUCAACACCUCACAGACUGGUCCUGAACACCUUGUUUCAAGCACAGUCAUUACAUCGGACAAAAGACAGAAAAGGCGAGACCAAUAUAUAGCACGGAGAAAUAGGUUAACACCUGAACAGAAGGAGGAAAUCAAUGCACAUCACAGAGCAGCUUGGAAAACGAAGACAGAUGGGCAGAGGAAUUCCCGUCAAAGAGAAACUAGGCAGCAUAUGACAUCAGACGAGAAGGAAUAGAGUAGCACCCUUAGAAUGACAGCCUACCAAAAUAUGUCGGUCGAGGACAAAGAAGAGACAAACUCCCGCCGAAGAGCUCGUGUGCAAAACAUGUCACCCGAAGAGAAGCAGAAUAUGCGAGCUCAGCGAAACGCAAAACUCGCGGCUAGGCGCAACACCCCUUGCAUUGAAUCCAUAGCAAUGCUGCGACCAGAUGCAUCUAACUUAGCUGCCCCCAACCAUAUGUCGACCACUCAUCCGUUCGCAGUCGGGGAACCCGCCGCUUCAUCUCAUGCCCCCGGGCCACCAAGUAAGGCUGGUCACGGCUUGGAAUCAGACGGUAAUCCCCCCAUCUUUACACUACUUGAUAUGUCCAUGUGUGUUCAACCAGUAUUUACUAGCUACCUAACGGUGCAGGCGAGUACCUUAGUCGUACCCUAGGCGAUGGAGAUCAACAGGAAGAGCACAUCAAUGCGUCGCAGCAAGGCAACGAUCAACCAAUAUACGAGAACCAGAAUCAUGCCCAUGAGCAGAGGCAUGAGACCAGAGCAGAGCGUAGGGCUAACCAGCGAGUGGACAAAGAAGGUGGAACUGUAAAGAAGAUUCAAGGGAAUGUCGUAAAAUGAAGGGCACGCGGGAAGAACAUACCAGAGGGUAAGAAGUCAGCAUUGCUAGAUCGUCGUAAUGCAAGCUUUGAAGCUAAGCGGAGGACUCCCCGCCAAGAGGCAAGUACCUUAGAUGUGAACAAAUCACCAACAAGCUCAUCUUCACCACCCACAGGAGCUGCUUCACUCGCUUCCCCCCCCUUCAUUAAGCACGCCGUCUUACACCAUAGGGACCGAUGGUAACCGUAUCAUCUUUACUGUCCACCAUGUCACCAGUCACACUAAACCUUGCUCCCCCUUCAUCAAGCACGCCGUCUUACCGGCUCAACAAUGAUGCAGCUGAUAUGGAAGCCUUCCUCAGCAACAUAAUGGACGAUGGUGCACUCUCCGAUGGCCUCAUGGAUGAUGAGUACUACCUGUUUGCUGGUGAAGGUACUCUGAGACGCCUUUCGCUUCUCGUCCAUGUAUACUAUUCAUUUAUGAUGUGAAUCCUAUCAUGUCAUGUUAUGUCUCGCCGAUGCUUGCAGGAUACGACGCUGAUGGCACGGACAUCGAUCAGCCCGUGGACUCCUCCGAAACGGGGCCUAUCGACCUUGAUCCUUUUGACUAUGUCUACUCGAUUAUCCCAGACAGCACGCACAUCCUGAAGCACGCGGCAAACUACGACCAUUGCAAGGCCAGGAAGUUCCAGUACGAGACAGAUGGCUUCUGCUGUCAAAAUGGGGAAAUAGAGUUGGCCGAACAAGAGCCUAUUCCAGAGCUGAUGAGGUUAUGGUCUAGCGCAGAUGCAGACUCUCGGCACUUCCGGGAGAGCAUUCGGUUCUUCAACGGUCACUUCUCCUUCACUACCCUUGGCGUCAGCCUAGACAACAACUAUACGAACAUGAAGUCUGGGGUAUACACGUUCCGGGCGCAGGGCACUAUUUACCACAAAGUGCAUUCGUUCGGUCCAACAACUCUUCCUAGACAUCUGCAGUUGUACUUCUAUGACGACGACCCCAACUUAAGCCAUCGCAAGGAGGCUACCAAGAAAUUGAACCAACGCGUAAUCAACAAGUUAGUGGACAUCCUCAGGGGCAACCCCUACUCCCAACAGUUUAGAAGUUUGGGUACCCACAAGGAAAACCUCGAGGAGUACCGCAUAGACCUCAACAUUGACCAGAAGCUAGAUCAACGGAGAUAUAACAGACCUGUGUCAUCCGAGGUGGCUGCGAUUUGGGUCGAGGGAAACGAUCUAGCAAAGAGGUUUAACCGCAGCAUUACACUCUAUGGGGACAACGAUGAGAAGCAUAGUAUACAUGCCACAGAUGGCUGCUAUGACCCGCUCUCGUAUCCCCUCUUUUUCCCAAGGGGGAGCUUGGUUGGAAUCCAAAUAUCCCGAAGCGCAAUGUCCCUUGGGAGCUUGCAUAGCAACCAAGACGGAACCACGAUAACAAUUCAGGUUUGCCCGUUUUCUAUGCUUAUAUGCAAAAAAAGAUAACAUUGUCUAUCCUUCCCAUAUGGUAACUAACCUUCUUCUAUCACGUCUAUGCACAUAGGGGAAUAGUCGAUUGUGCGUCUCUGUCAGGGACUACUACUGUUACCGGCUACAGACACGCCCUGCAAUAUUCAACCCCAUACUUCACGGAGCACGCCUAUUCCAGCAGUGGGGUGUGGACAUGUUCAUCAAGAUUGAGGGUUGUAGGCUGAAGUGGAUCAAGGACCACCAAACGCAGAUACGUGCCGAUCUAUAUCAAGGCCUUGUGGAUAGCAUCGCGGUUAGGGAGGUGCGAGUGAGCGCUAUUGGCAAGAGGAUCGUGCUCCCAGGCACGCAUCAGGGGAGCAACCGAGACAUGAAGGGGAGGCAUAUGGACGCUAUGGCACUGAUGCAGACCUAUGGGAAGCCUGACAUCUUUUUGACUAUGACGUGCAAUACUAGCUGGGAGGAGAUACUGAAUGAGCUACUUCCUGGCCAGACACCCCAAGACCGACCAGAUCUUGUCGCACGCGUGUUUAGGGCCAAGUUGGAGACCAUGAAAGAGAUGUUGUUCAAGAAGCACGUCCUUGGUGUUGUGGUGGCGCAUGUGUAUGUCGUCGAGUUCCAGAAGAGGGGCCUCCCCCACGCGCACUUCCUGUUGAUAAUGAAUAGAGAAUAUAAACUUGUGGUGCCAGAGCAGUAUGACCGCAUCAUAUCCGCAGAGCUCCCGGACAAGCAUAAGUAUCCAGAGCUCUAUGCCAUGGUCGUGAAGCAUAUGAUGCAUGGCCCAUGCGGUAAUCUAAAUCCCAAAAAUGUGUGUAUGCAAGACUUGAAGUGCAAGAGCCAGUACCCACGACCAUUCAACCAGAACACCUUACAAGGAAGGAUUCAUACCGUGUGUAUCGACGGCGGGACGAUGGUCGUCAGGCUAAGGUCCGACGUCAGAUGCUGGAUAACAGAUGGGUGGUGCCUUACAACCCUUAUCUGUUACGGAUGUUCAACUGCUACAUAAAUGUCGAGGUGUGCUCGAGCAUCAAGGCCAUCAAGUACCUUUGCAAAUACGUAUACAAGGGCCACGACCGAGCUUCAAUCAGCAUCGACCAGCCUGACGAGAAAGGGGUUGUAGACGAGAUUAAAAGGUACAUCGAUGCGAGAUGGUUUACUCCACCGGAGGCGAUGUGGAGGAUAUUCGGCUUCAAUCUUUUAGAGAGUUUCCCGUCGGUCCUACAGUUGUCGCUUCAUCUCCCAAAUAUGCAUAGUGUCACGGUCAAAGCAGGAGAGGACCUGACCGAUGUCGUCGCCCGUGAUAAAGCAUCUAAGUCAAUGCUGACGGAGUAUUUCCUCGCUAAUCAGCAGCAUGUUUGGGCUCGAGACAUCCUGUACAAGGACUUUCCGGGAAGUUUCACAUGGCAGAGAGCAAAGUACUGGAGGCCGAGGCAAAAGCAACACCAAGUAGGUCGAAUCGUGUCAGCACAUCUAGCCGAGGGGGAGCGGUACUUUCUACGAGUGCUGCUCAACCACGUAUCAGGCAAGACAUCCUUCGAGGACCUAAGGACCGUGGACGGUGUGCUAUGUGAUAGCUUCCGUGAGGCUGCCGAGAGAUUGGGCCUCAUCGAGGCCGACAACACGCUUGACGAGUCUCUUACAGAGUCAACACAAUUCGCGAUGCCAGCCUCGCUCAGGAGGCUCUUUGCAACAAUCUUGGUAUUCUGCGAGCCAGGUGACGUGCGCGGUCUAUGGGAUAGGCACCUAGAGGCGAUGUCUGAUGACUACCGCCGAUCACACACGUGCUCAAAGGCAGUGGAGCAGAUGGUGUUGCUAGACAUCAGGGGCAUGCUACAGUCAAUGGGCAAAGACAUAGCAUUGUUCCCUCUUCCGGACAUCGACGAGACCUAUGACACAUUGGAGGCGAGGCAAGAGAAGUCACAGAGGAGUCCACCAUCGAGGUUGACGCACGCGACGCAGCUUUACCGUCCUCGCUAAACCAUGAGCAAAGGCUUGCAUACGACGAGAUCCUGGCAGCAGUAGAUGCCGAUGAUGGGGGUGUAUUCUUUGUCGAUGGCCCGGGAGGCACCGGGAAGACCUUCCUAUACAGGAAAUUGCUCGCAAAGGUUCGGGGGGAGGGCAAGAUAGCGGUGGCUACGGCGACGUCGGGCGUCGCGGCUUCCAUCAUGCCUGGAGGCAGGACAACCCACUCGAGGUUCAAGAUCCCAAUCAGCAUUGAAGAUGGGGCGUCGUGCAGCUUCACCAAGCAAAGUGGGACGGCCAAGCUCCUGCGCAUGGCUUCCCUCAUCCUAUGGGACGAGGCCAGCAUGACGAAGCGGCAACCUGUUGAGCCACUGGACAAUAGCAUGCGGGAAAUCAUGGGACGACGACACCAACCGUUCGGGGGGAAAACUGUCGUGUUCGGUGGGGACUUCAGGCAGGUGCUUCCAGUCGUCAGGAAAGCGUCACAGGGUCAGAUAAUCGAUGCGACCUGCGGAGUUCGUACCUUUGGAAGGUUAUGCGCCAGCUAAGGCUCGUCACGAACAUGAGGGCGCAUAACGACCCGUGGUUCGCAGAUUACUUGCUAAGGGUAGGCAACGGCACCGAAGAAACCGACGAGGAAGGCAACAUAAGGCUCCCUCAAGACAUUUGUGUGCCGCCAACAGGAGACGGUGUGGACCUAGAGAAGCUAAUCGACCAUGUAUUUCCUGCUCUAGACCACAACAUGUCUGAUCCAAAUUAUAUGACAUCUCGAGCAAUCCUCUCCACCAAGAACGACAACGUUGAUAAGAUAAACACACGCAUGAUAGAGCGCUUCUAGGGCGAAGAGAAGAUCUACCAUAGUUUUGAUAGUGCAGAGGAUGACCCACACGGCUACUAUGCCCCCGAGUUCCUCAACAACCUGACUCCCAACGGGCUGCCUCCGCAUGCCCUCAAACUAAAGAUAAAUUGCCCCAUUAUACUAUUGAGAAACAUAGAUCCAGCUAAUGGGUUAUGUAACGGCACAAGGCUUGUGGUCCGGGGUUUCCAAAGGAACGCCAUCGACGCAGAAAUCGUGCUAGGACAACAUGCUGGUAGGAGGGUGUUCCUUCCUCGGAUACCUCUUUGUCCAUCCGAUGAUGAUAUCUUCCCUUUCAAGUUCAAGAGGAAGCAGUUCCCUAUUAGGCUCAGCUUUGCCAUGAUGAUCAACAAGGCGCAAGGACAGACCAUACCGAUUGUCGGGGUGUACCUACCGGACCCGAUUUUCUCUCACGGUCAGCUCUACGUUGCAUUGUCUAGAGCCACCGCAAAGACGAACAUUAAGGUUCUCGCCAUCAAGGACGACGGCAAGGGUAAAGUCAAGGGCAAGGAACAAAGCAAGAAUUCAAAGAAGCGAAAAAGAUCUGAGCCCUUAUUAACGACCAUGAAGAACAUAGUAUACAAGGAAGUCCUUAGCACAUAAAGUUGCCGGAUCAAAUUAUACCAACUGAAGGUAAAGUAUGUUCAGAUCUGCAUUACAGCGACAUAACUAUUGUAGAACUUAAUGCACACUGACCCGAGUAUUUUUGUCGUGUAGUACUCGAGGGAGCAUUGUCAGUCUUAAGAAACCAUGAUUAUUCCUUCCGCGAUAUCUGCCCAUCCUAUACUUGGUCAAAGCUGCACCUAUUCAAGCUGGAAAUAACAAGAGACAACGUGAAGGUUCGACCAAAUACAGGAGGAAGAUGCAUUGACAGUGACUUGAUAAAAAAGAACAAAAAUGCUAACUAUUGUCUUGUUGCCAAAAUUUACGUUGUUUUGUUAUUACACAACCACUUAUCUGUGAGUGUGAUAUUAUCAAUAUGAAUCGUGUGGAUCUCUAUUAAAAA